AUGAGGUGGUGUUACUGGAGUCAUGGCCUUGCCGGUUUGAACCCCAGUCAGAAACUAUUAACCAAAAGAAUUGUUUCUAGACCAAGUUUGUCUUAUACUGCAAAGAUAUCAGAUUUUGGCUUCGCAAAGUGGGGGCCUGCUCCUGGUAAUUCAUUUGUGACAGGACAUGUCGUGGGUACAAUGGGUUAUACUGCUCCGGAGUAUCUUGCGGCAGGAAAGCUGUAUGUAAACAGUGAUGUAUAUAGUUUCGGGGUAGUGCUACUCGAGAUGCUGACAGGAUUGAAGGCAAUCGAUACGAAGCGUCCGUAUGGGCAGGAUAACCUGGUGCAGUGGUGGGUAAAACCAUACACAUCCCAGAAAGCAAAGUUGAGAAGGAUGAUGGACUAUAGGCUGGAAGGAAAAUACUCUCCAAAAGAGGCUCUGGAAAUUGCUCUGCUUGCUGAUAGAUGUCUGAAUUGGGAACCCAAACUUCGACCAUCAACGAAAGAAGUUGCAGAGACACUGGAGAAGAUUGAAACUCGAUAUAGAACUGAUAAUGAACAAUAA